UCCCAACCCGGAAGUGGGUGGUUGAGUCACCGACUGGUCACCGCAGAUAUCGCCUGCUGGGAUGAGGCAGAGAAGUAGAGAAAGGCAGAGAUUGAUAUACAUCUGAGAAACUGAAAAUCUUAGCCAAAAUUGAUCACACUGUAGUACACGGCACUGCCGUAUAAUUACAGAGGCAUAGGUGGAAUUAAGUCGUCGCCAAAAUGAUGGAAGAGAUACCGGUAGAUCGAUUUCAGGUGCCUAGCGCUGUUCAAGCGGAGAUGCAGCCGCUUGACCUGGCGUCGUCCACCACUUCUUCUGAGGCAGACUCAGACACCAGGGAGGGCGAGCCAGUCACUAUUAACUACAAGCCCUCUCCUUUGCAGAUGAAGAUAGAGAAACAACGAGAACUGGCCAGGAAGGGAUCAUUGAAAAAUGGCAAUGCAGGAAGUCCAGUGAACCAGCAGCCCAAGAAGAACAAUGUGAUGGCCAGAACACGGUUGGUGGUGCCCAACAAGGGCUACUCCUCCUUAGACCAGAGCCCUGACGAGAAGCCCCUGGUGGCCCUAGACACAGACAGUGACGAUGAUUUUGACAUGUCCAGAUACUCUUCGUCGGGGUACUCUUCAGCCGAGCAAAUCAACCAGGACCUGAAUAUCCAGCUGUUGAAGGAUGGUUACCGACUUGACGAGAUCCCAGACGACGAAGACCUGGAUCUGAUCCCACCCAAAUCUGUCAAUCCCACCUGCAUGUGCUGUCAAGCCACCUCCUCCACAGCCUGUCAGAUCCAGUAGCCCCGCCCACCUGUCCAGUUUACUUUGCCACUAGAGCGGCAACAUUGAUAGAAUCGACAGAACAAGAUAGUUAUUUGAAAAUAAAUAAUCAACUUAUCAGACAGAAAGUUACAAGUAAAGAGAAAACAUUGGAAAGCGGGACUAAAACACACAAACAUUUUAAAUACAACUAACAGUGAUUACUUCCUCCUAUGGUAGGACAUACAUUUCUGUUUGUGUUUGAGGUCUGGGUGGAAACUCUCGUCUAGUCAUCUCUGAUGCCUACUCCUGGCCAAUAUUGUGUAACACAACUUACAAUAAAAACGAGCAGUUGAUUUAAAGGGAACCUCCUUCCAUCUGAAAAGUCCCACCUUGCAUACCUUCAAUGGGUUCAGAAGACAAAAAUAAGAGUGACAACCAUUGAAACAGACACAGCAGUGCAUCCCCCUCUCCAAACAACCUGCUGCACUGUCUAUCUGAGACAGGGUGACGUCACAUUUAGACCCGGAGAAAAUGUUUUUUGAGUGAUCAAGUUUUUGGAGGAGCUUGGCCAUUUUAAUGGGGAUGAUUAUUUGACUGUUGUUCUCCUUAUUAAAACAUAUGUUAAAUUCACAAAAGAAAAUAGAAACCAUUAUUGUAAAUGCUGCUGACAAAGCUGCUGUGCUUACCUGACUAUUUAUUGUGCUUUUUUUAAAAGUCAUAUCCAUUUUAUUUGAAGGAUCUGUAUGAUUGUAUCUACUGGAAUAGCUGGUCGUGUAUAUCUGGUAUCAGGUACUGUAAUUUGGUACUGAAAGCAGUGUUGUGUAGCACUGUCCUGGUAAAUACCUUCUGAGACCAAUGCCCUCGUCCAUAUUUAGUACUGGUUUGAGGUUUUUAUGGUUUUGUUUUUUAGGGACGAAUCUAUUACAAAAGGUUGACAUGCAUGUUGAGCACUAGUGGACGGGGAGAUGUAUCCGAGUUGGCUGUUUGUUCAUACAUCUAACUCUCGCACACUGGUAUUUUGUCCAUUCUUCAUUGAUUUAUCGCUUUUGAAUGUCUUUCUGUUGCACCUUUAAUUUGUCUGGGUUCUAAGGUGAUUUGGAUACUUCCCUCAAGGUGACUGGUAAUCUACAAUGACCCUGAUUCAACCUAGGGGACAAUACACAGUUCAUACUUUGCUCAUCAAUCUUUGAGCUCGUUCUUCAACACAACGUUUUCCCAAAUGGCUUACGCAGUUUACCACUAAGGAAGCCAAACAGAGCUAUUGGUCUUGUGAAGUAGAAAUAAGAGCUUGACUUUACAUUGCUUUUUGGAUACAGCCUAUAGUGAAAUCCUACAUUUCCCCUCACACAGUAUGUAUAACCUUUCCUCUAUUACACCCUACUACCAUGUUUUGAUUGGCACAGUCAUUGUAAGGUGUCAAAGAAGCACACACACACACACACACACACACACACACACAACAGGGUGCAGUCUCCAUUCCUCUCGUGACCGAUUUAGAAAGUGACCUAGUGAUACAUAUCAUUAACUUUGAGCACUAAUCCUUCACCGAGACCCACACUCAAACACCUGAGUUUGAUUUGCGUUUAGAGUAUGCCUUAAGUAAAGAAUAUUAAAACAAAAUAUGUAUAGUCAUUGCCAGUUUCAUGACUUAAUGUACUUAAGAUAUAUAUUUGCAGUAUGAUGGUAUGCAUUUAGACACUGGUGUUAUUUUUUACUAUUGUGUUCCCAUGUAAACAAUUCCAUUCCAGUAUUUAACAAUGUACUUGUUCUGUGUUGUGUAUGAUAUCAAUAAACACAAAGCCGUCUGAA